CGGUAUCUUUGGUCAUGAUCUACGUACCGUCGCUGCCUGCGACCGACGUGGUCGCCGACGUCUUUGCCUACCUGCAGGCGCAGCUGCAUGCGCAAGCUCACAGCACUGACGAGCUUCGGCCAGCCCAGACCAUCGACGCCUUUGUCAGCGCCAUCUACCGCACAAACCCGGUCCACGCAUCGUGUGUGCAGCAGAUUAAGGCCGACGGCCACCGCGCCCGCGCGCGCCUGGGCGCUAUUCGGCGGCAGUGCCAUGCCGAUGCAGCGCAGCGAAUCCAGCGUAUUCGCGCGGCCAAGGCCAUGUUUGCGAGCCGCGUCGACAUGGCGCGGCGCGACGUGCAGAUCAAGCAGACGCAGCAUGCCGUAGCGCACGCGCAGCGUGUCGCGAGCGCCACAGAGCAAGUCGACAGCCUCCUCUUUGCCUGUGUGGGCGAGAUGCACAAGGCGCUGGCGCGGGCGACGCAGCGCGCACUCGGACAAGCCGACUCGGUGGAGGCCAUGACAAAUGCGGCCAACGCCAACUUGCUCUGGUCAAUCGUGCUUGCCCGUCUGGCCGAGGAGACGGGAUCACCGCCGUUCGAGCACGUACCUCGGCUCGAGGUCCUCCCAAACUCGACGUUUGGCCUCUCCCCGCGCAUGGACAGCAUGGCGCAGAGCAUAUCGCCCUUCUUGCGCAAGCAGCUUAACCUCACUGAUGCCGACGACCUUGUCAUCACUCGCGUCAUCCUCGUGCCAAGCAAAGCGUCCAGUGGCGCCAAGCCGCGCCUUGUGCUGCCACCGACAUCAACGACAACCGGUUUGCAAGCGCUCGAGCAGCUGCUAUCGUGUGGCGACGUCGCUCCUUCCUCCAAGAAGAGCAAACGACCGUCAUCGAGCCGACAAGAACGCGUCGUUGUCUCGAUGUCGUCGUCGACACCGCUGAGCACAUCGGCGCUGCGCUGGCUUCCACUGCAGCCUUCCACGUUACCGCAAAGCCCGAUGAACGACCACCUCUACUUUUGCUUGGACGAGUAUAAAAUGCGAUCCCAGCUCGAGGAUCAUGCCGCCAUCACGGAAAUUGCGUCACGCGACUGGACACCGAGCCGCACCGACGCGCUCAUCGCCGCCUUUGUGCGCGCGCCGUCCGACGUGUGCGCCAAACUCGACCUUGCGAGUGCGUUCGACAUUGACACGGUUCUGCGCAGCGACGACGCGGACCACGUCUUGCGGGCGACGUCACCCAGUGUGCCCCACCCCCCCUUGCACUUUGGCGUCGCAUCGGUCGGCCACUUGAUCGAGACAAAGCAGUGGCGUGAGUACGCGGCGCAGCUGCCCCCGGACACUCGAGCGUCCCUCGAACGACUGGCCCCCCACACGUUGCAGAGUCGGGGCCGGCUCUCGCAGCUCUACAUGGCGACAAGUGCUAUAACGAACGGUGCCCUUGUCGGUGCGGCGUUGCACCCGCUCUCGACAGCGAUGCUCGACGAACUCGUUGGUUUGUAUCUCUUGCGACCGAUCAAAAUGCCGGCCAUGGCGACUACGCUCUUCGCACCGAUGGACGCGCUUGGCGACGCGGCCCUUUGUCGAAUUGACAAUGUGUCUGCGUUGCUCACAGACAGUGUAUGUGUGCCACAUCGAGCGCUCGUGCAAUAUACAAGGGUGCCACUCGACCAAGCGACGCAAGGGCUUGCAGCUAACUGCGACGACCCCCUCGGGUCAUUUUGUGCCUAUCGCGGGUGUUCCCACCGCAAUGUCUUGCGCCGACUGUGUCCUCUGCACGCUGCCCUGUGCAAGACCGCAAGUGUUGACGAGGCAGCCGAGUACAUGGAGGCAACACCCUCGCUCGAGCCGACACUGACGGCGUGCGGGCUCUUGCCUGCCACCGAGCUCCGACAGAUCAAACAAGCCAGCCGGCUGCUGGAUGAUUUGCUGCAUCGGCGACUCGAGACGCGUCUUCUGACACUCGUUACGGACAGUGUGACCACGGCUUAUCAUCGGCAUGUCGUCGCUGAGGCACCAAGUGCGACCGUCACGAGCUUGGCCGCCGCGCUGGCCCUCGAAGAAGCCACAACCAACGACGUCCUCGGUCUCGCUCGCCUCGGAGUCUAUCCAACAGCCGAAGUCGCGUUGCUCAAGCGGCUCGAACAGCGUUUUCAAACCACUGGCGGCAAAGAGGUCGACCAGCUACUGGCCUUCUGCGAGAAGAAGCACGCGCUCUUCCGCGCACGGCGCACCGACGAAGAGGGCGCGCGACAAAAGCUGCGCAAACCACCGCUUCGCCAUGCCAAGUCGUACCAACAUCUGCCAUCGCAUCGUCGACCGCUGCAGAUUGAGGGUCCGUUGCGCCCCGUCUCAGCACGCAGUAGUUGUAGCAGCGGCAGCAGCGGCAGUAGCAAUGGCAGCACGGACCCUACCCCUUCCAGAAAGGCACCGACCAAGCGGCGCAAAUAGCAACGUAGCAACACCACACACAAAAAGACAAUAUUGUCCAUUGGCUACC